CAGAGACAAGGUCAAAACUGACACUAGAGAGAGAGAGAGUCAGAGAGUGAGAGACAACUGAGAUAGAGGGAGUAAAAGGCAGACAGUAAGAAAAAGGUGUGUAUAUGAAGAAUAGAGUCACUUGCUUUAUCUCGUGGCAAAGAGGAAGUUGAAGCUGCUACAGAAAGGGAGAUACAGAAAGGAGAGAGAGGAAGAUUGAGAGAGGCAGGUUGUGAGUGGAGAAGAGAGUGCAAAGCAGAGGAAAAGAGGAGAGUGAGAGAGAGGGUAUAGGAAGCACAGAGCGUGGAGCAGGUUCUUUGCAGGCACAGCCUUUACUGUCAGCCCCAGCAGAAAUGCCCAACUUUGCCGGUACCUGGAAAAUGAAGAGCAGUGAGAAUUUUGACGAACUUCUCAAAGCCCUCGGCGUGAAUGCCAUGCUGAGGAAGGUGGCUGGGGCUGCUGCCUCCAAGCCUCACGUGGAGAUCCGUCAGGACGGGGAGCAGUUCUACAUCAAGACAUCCACCACCGUCCGCACCACCGAGAUCAACUUCCACAUCGGCCAGGAGUUUGACGAGGAGACGGUGGACGGCAGGAAAUGCAAGAGUCUUGCAAUCUGGGAGACGGAGAACAAGAUGGUGUGCAAGCAGACACUGGUGGAUGGAGAUGGGCCCAAGACAUACUGGACAAGAGAACUGCGAGGAGACGAGCUGAUUCUGACGUUCGGGGCUGACGACGUGGUGUGCACACGGAUUUACUUACGAGAAUGAAGCUUCAACAAGGCCAACCUGGACAAGACACAAAACGCAGAAAAUAAAACCAGUCAGAUAUGUUACAACACUCCUUAAACCCCCCAUUUCCCUGCCAUGCUGAAAAAUCAAUAUAUAGUAUAUCCUACGUAAUUCAGCAGCAUCUGCUGCAUAGUCUACAUAAAACAACAUUUGCGUAAUAUGGUAAUUUGUGGUGUGGUAAUGUGUGUUACAGUUCUGCUAUAAAUGCGCUUCUCAGUGUUUGAUCCCAUAUCUACAACCACUACCUUCUUUGUUGAGUUUGUCAAUAUUGCAAACAGGAAUAAAAAUGGGAUAAAAAAA